GUGAUUUUGUCAUCUCUUUGACAAUGACAUGCCGCAUAUGGAAUCAAAAUAAAUAAAUUGGUUGGACAAGGAAGCAAAAUUAAUGUGAGCUUUAUCCUUAAUGUAUUAGCCUUAUGACAAAAAAGUUCACAAUUUGUACUAUGUACCAAUAUUUUGUGGAGUCAACUGGAUGUCAACCUCAAUUGUACGUUUUUAAUCAGAUUUUUAAGGCAGGAGAAAGCUUAGAACACAUCCAGCGCUGUAUUGCAGAAAGGUACGAGUCUAAGCAGCAAACAAAGUUUUUGGAAUUCUGGUAUUCAAAUGGUGAUAACAUUGUGUCCGAAAAAUAUUGGGAUCAUGAAAGGAAAAAAGAAUGGUCCGAAGAAACAUUGAACCAAGACACUGAAAACGUAUUUGAUGAUUCUGAGGGGAAAAAAAUACAAAAUUGGGAGGAGUACUACAAAAAUAUAUACGCAGAACAAUACCAGUUUUAUGCAAUAAUUUUUUACGAAUAUUAUAAACAUUUGCAUAAAUCUUUAGAUGAACAAAGUAUUGAGGUCAUAGAGGAUAAACUUGAAGAACCCUUCAAUAAUAGUCUUACGGUGGACUUUGCACAAUUAAAGCUUCUUGGACUACCUACAGCAUUUGGUAAAGCACAAAGUGUUAGGAAAAAUCAUCCACAAAAGUGCAAUAACUUACAGCAGGUGUACAGCGGGUUUUUCUCCGAUGAAGAGGAGGAUUUCUUAAAUAUGGACAUAAAACAAUCAAGAUUACAAAAAAAUGAGCCAAAAGAUGUCGAUAAAAAUGCCCAGAAAUCACUUUCAUUAUAUGAUAUUAAAGAGAAAGUAAUUAAAAAGAAGAAAACAAAUCGAAAGCUUCGACAUGUUCCAUCGUUUCUUUUGGAAAAUAAAGGUAUGCUCAAAUACUGGCGAAAACGUUUUUCUCUAUUUUCACGAUAUGAUGAUGGCAUUCGGUUGGAUUGUGAAAGUUGGUUCUCAGUUACACCUGAAAAAAUUGCUGCUCAUUUAGCGGAACGUCUAUCAUGCGAUAUAAUUAUAGACGCAUUCUGUGGUUGCGGAGGAAAUGCUAUACAAUUUGCGCGUACCUGUAAGCGAGUUAUAGCAAUUGAUAUCGACCCUGUAAAAAUAAAUAUGGCGAAACACAAUGCCAAAAUUUAUGGGGUGGCAGAUAAAAUUGAUUUCGUUAUUGGCGACUUCCUGCAAUUAGGCGAAUCUGGCAAUUUUCGUAGCGAUAUAGUAUUUUUAAGUCCUCCUUGGGGAGGUCCAAAGUAUAAACGAAUAGAAUACUAUGAUAUUGAAUGUUACUUACAACCUUCAGGUGCAACGAAAUUAAUGAAUAUCGCCAAGAGAUUUAGUGAAAAUGUGGUGUUUUAUUUACCACGCAACGCUUGUAUGAAGCAAGUAAUUGAAUUGGCUGGUGUUGGAAACAGAUGUGAAGUAGAACACAAUUAUUUAGAUUCGCGGCUUGUGGCUAUAUCUGCGCUAUAUGGUGAAAAUAUAUUAAAUGUAGAAGAACCAUAAUGUGUACAAAUAAUAUUGUAUAUAUUAUUCUAAGGAAAAAAUGUCUAAAUCAUGAUUUCUAACAGAAAAAAAUUAAAUAUAUGGGACAUUACCGCAUGGUAAAAAAAUGCUCUUAUUAAUUAUACUUAAUUAAACUUUCAG